AGGAACUGUACCAACAUGGCGGGGCAUGACUGUCGCUUGUUGUUUGUUUAUAUUUGAAUGGACCUUUGGAAAAUCGGCGUAAACUUAUCUUUACAUAGAGCACUGCUGGGUCAUCAUGUCGCUCAACAAGUUUAUGCAUCCCAGAAAUAUCUACAAAAAUCCUCCAAAUUUUAAAGAGCUGGCGAUAUUAUAUCCAGAUUUUCGGAAACAUGCGAAGCAGGAUGUCGCAGGAAAAGUUUCAAUUAACUUCCAAGACCAGGAAGCUCUUCGUGCACUUACAACGGCGUUGUUAAAGAAAGAUUUUGGGCUGGAAGUGAAGAUUCCGAGUGGUCGCCUUGUGCCAACAUUACCACUUCGCCUUAACUAUUUGCUGUGGAUUGAGGAUUUGUUAGCACUCUGUGAUGGAAACCAAGAAAAUUCAGUUUGUGGCAUAGACAUAGGUACUGGAGCAUCAUGUAUUUAUCCCCUUUUAGCUGCAAAAAAGAAUGGUUGGCAUAUGAUUGCAUCAGAGACGGAUCACGAGAGUGCAAAUGCAGCCAAAAUUAAUGUGGAAAACAACAAUCUUCAGGAACUGAUAAAAGUACAGCUGGUUGACCAAGAUAAGAUACUCACACCGCUUGUGGGAAAGGAAGAAAAAUAUGAUUUCUGUAUGUGCAACCCUCCAUUCUUCAAGAAUGAAGAACAACUUGAUCAGAAGAAAAAGUCACGAACUGCUGAGCGCCCACCUCCACGUAAUGCCUGGACAGGAUCUAUUGAUGAGGUGGUUACUCCUGGUGGUGAAAUAGGUCUCAUUAGUAAGAUUGUGGAGGAGAGUCUACAGCUCAGGAACAGCAUCAGGAUAUACACCACCAUGGUUGGAGUUAAAUCUGAUCUUCAACCUUUGAAAGAAGAAUUGCUCAGACAUGGUAUAACAAAUGCAGCUACCACUGAAUUUUGCCAAGGGCGUACAACCCGCUGGGGUUUAGCUUGGAGCUUUAAUGAUCAACCAAAUCUCAUGGAGGCAUGUGGGAAACACAGCCAUAAGAAGAUAAAGCCCAUGUCCUAUGUUGUGCCAUGCGCAAAUAAACCUGAUGGCUACACUGUAGAUUGUAUUUGUGAGAAAGUAAAGGAGCUACUUGGCAGACUACAGGUAAAAUGCAAAGAACUCAAGCAUUCAUUAAAUGCAAGGGUUAUGACAGUAUCUGCAGCACAGAAUACAUGGACACACCAGAGAAGGCAGCGGAGGAAAAUGCAGAACCUGAAGAUGAAUCCUGAUGGUACAGAAAGAGAAAGUGAUGAAAUUGUGUCACCUGCAGUUGAAACUUCUUCAGAAAUGCCGUUGCAUGAUACAAAAUCAACAACUGAGUCUAACAUUGGUGGCACUAUGAAACUGUCAGAUGAAACAAAAGAGGUAUCCCUAGGCAGAGUGGGCGGUUAUGUGCAGUCGGAGGCAAAGAUGCAGUUUCAGUCUAAGAAAAGAGAAGUGGAAGAGCGCAGUGCAGACCUAGAACCAUCUGUUAAGAAAAUCAAAACUGAGAAACUAUUGGACAAUGCAAUGGAGAAAGAUAAAAAUGCAGUAACACAGAGUGACAAAAACGCUGAUACAUCAAAAGUUUCACCUGUUUUAAAUGCUACACUAAUUGUGAGGAAAGAAACAGAUAAAAUUAUGAUUGAAAUGACCUAUAUUGAUGGGAGUAGUGGGAAAGAUGGUGUGCAUCAAGUAUUACAGUACAUCAGAAACAACUUGAAGUAAUUCGUAUCCCCAUCAUUCAUGGGCAACAUCCCAUCAUCUUUUUAAUUAAAUUGUUCCCAUGAAUAACAUUGUGUUAUUUGAACAUGUGGAACAGCUAUUCUGAAACUUUACAUUGCUAAUGCCAGACAAGCAAUUGUAUAUAUGGACUGUUGUUACCAUAUAAUAAAACUAAAAAUAUUAUCACAGCAAUUGUUUCUUUUCAUGGACAUCAGGGUUGCCACAGCUCUGGAAAUCAGGGAAUUUCAAACUUGUUAGGGAAAUCAGGGAACUUUGAAUAAAAAAACACUGGAAAAAUCUUGUUUUUUGCCUCAGUAGAUGAAAUUGUUUGUUUACCGAGAUGUCACUCAUUGUUGCUAGGUGGGUGCAGUUGAGUGCAUGCACCACUUCCCUACUCCCUCGUUCUUACUGCUUCUCCUCUUUCUAACACUCCCCUCAGCUUGCAGUCAGUGCUGCCAACACUUCUUACUGCUAGCCCAGCAGCUGCCGACAAGAGGCAGGGAGGCGUGAAGAGUGGUUUGUUUGGAUCUGAUUCUCAGAGACUGUUAUCGAAGCAGCUGGAACCAGCAGUCAUGCAUGCAUGAGAUGUGUCUGAGUGAUAGUGUAAAUGUUUGUGCUCUCGUUUUCUGACAAAAGCUAUGGCCAAAAAUGUAAUUGUGAGAGUGUGAUUGUCUUUUCUGUAUGCCUGUUACAGCUCAGCGAUCAUAUUUAUGGUGAGAUGCUACCUAUCCUCACUAGUUUUGAUUCUCAGAGUAUUCGCACAAGUUAUCUGUUGCAUCAGUCGAUCAUCACGGUCUCAUUUCACAAACAUGGUAUCUGUGACACAAGAAUAGCUGGCCGCACAAGUUGACUUCCAUGACGAGCCAAAAUGGCAGGCCAUUUCUGUGAGUAUCUCUUAACAGAUCAGGCCUGCCAAUUUGGAGCCCAUUGUUUCCUACUAAUGUGCAGGCCCUGCUUGUCGGAUCUAGUCCCUCACCAGUCUGCCCACAGGCUGGGUCUGUUUGUGUGUGAUUUAAUGCGGUGGAUUUUCGUGGUUUAUCCAUGGACCCAGGACUGCGGUGCUCCUCGCCAGGCCAGAGGCCAUGGGUGAUGGAUUUCAGGAAUUUUGACUGUCUCACUGCAAGUAUAUUUUACAGUGCGGCAUUUUAUAGACUUUUAUUUAUUAUAGUACAUUUCUGACACUUUGAAAGUAGUUUAUAUUUUAGAAAGUAUGGAUGAUAAGAAAAUUGUGGCAGUCACUGGCAGUUUGUACACUGUGUACUCAUGUAUUUCUUGAAAGCAAAAUCACGCAAUAACUCCAAAAUAAUAAACAUAAUACAGUGGAUAAUAAUAGAAAAUAUAAAACAUAGUAAAAUCAACAUUUUACUGGCAGUCACCUACUGUGUUGGUUUACACAACUCUUCACCGCCUUACACACUUCUUUCUAGAGGCCUGCUUUUUCCUGAGGAUAUUUUUGAAAUCAGUGAACGUAUUUUAAAUUUGUCUUAUGAC